AUGUACAUACAGACUCAUGUACGUAUAUACACACAAACACACACACACACAGACACAUGUACACACACACAUACAUGUACAUACACGCAGACACAUGUACAGAUACACACAUGUACAUACACACAGACACACACACACCCCUAUAAAAAGUUGCAGUACUUCGUUGUUCACUCACAGAGCCAGGGUACUGCACUCUAGAGGGAGGCAGGGAGCACAGCAUACACUCCCUUUGCUUUCACUAUUUCACAGCUAUUGAGCAGUCUGAUGGCUCCCAGUGCCAAUGACAGAUCCAGCCUGAGCUCCGAGCUUGCUCAGCAAAACCGCCCCCGGGGGCUCACUCCCCCCACCAUAAUUUCCAUUCGCCAUUGGCGAGCAGGCGAGUGGAAAUUUCAAGGCCUGUUGUAGGUAAUUUAGGUUUUAG